AUGGCGGUAGAGGCUCCGGGCGCCGGCUCGAUCUUUGCCCGCUCAUGGCGGGCGUCGAGCUCGGAGAGCGGCGAUGGGAGCGGCGGCGAGGGCAAAGAUACGCUGCCUGACUUUAUCACACUGGACGGAGAGGCGGCGCGGGCGAAAGACGGGUCGGGCAAGAGCAAGGACGACGGCGGUGAUGGCGGCGGAGCCGGGACAGCGGUCGGGUUCGAGGGCGUGCCGUCGUCGACGCUGCUGUUUCCGCUCUACCGGCGGCCGGUAGCGCCAGGUAUUGUGACACCGAUCUCGAUCACGUCGAUCAAGUUUGUGGAGGUGCUGAACAAGGUUGUGGAGAAGGGCGACAAGCACGUGGGUCUGUUCCUGGUCAAGGACCGCGAGGCGGCCGAAGCUGCAGCCAAGGGCAACGAGCUCUCACUGUCGUCGGCGAUGAGCGUGAGCAACUCGCGGUACAAUGUGACGGACAUCGAGUCUGUGCACAAGGUCGGUAUUCUGGCGCGGAUUGUGCGGAUCGACCCGUCACCGAUGGGCGCGCACGUGCUGCUCGCCGGGCGGUCGCGGAUCGAGAUCACGUCGCCCAAGGAGGUGGACAAGAAGAACGGGCACUCGUUUGUCAACAUCAAGGCGCUCCGUGACAAGGAGUAUGACCAGCGGAACGACUCUGUGCGGGCGCAUGCGGUGGAGAUUGUGACGACGCUCCGCGAGAUGCUGGCGCUCAACCCGAUGUUCAAGGAGCAGCUGCAGACGCUUGUGGACCAGGUCGACAUUGCCAAUCCGUCCGAGCUGGCUGACUUUGCGGCGUGGCUCACGACAUCGGAUGCCGAGGAGCUGCAGGCAGUGCUGGAGGAGCUCGACGUCGAGGCGCGGCUUGCCAAGUCGCUCACGCUGCUCAAGGCCGAGCUCGAGCUGACCAAGCUCCAGAAGCAGAUCCAGACGUCUCUGGAAGAGAAGAUCUCCAAGAACCAGCGCAAGUACUUUCUCAAUGAGCAGCUCAAGACGAUCAAGAAGGAGCUUGGGCUGGAGACCGAUGAGAAAGAGGCGCUGGCGGAGAAGUUCCGCUCGCGGCUGGAGAAGCUGCGUGUCCCGCCGCACGCGGCAUCGGUAAUCGACGAUGAGAUGGCCAAGCUUGCGACGCUUGAGCCGUCGUCGUCCGAGUACAACGUGACCCGCAACUACCUCGACUGGCUGACGCAGCUGCCGUGGGGCGUGUCGGCCGAGGAGAACCUGGACCUCAAGCGGGCGACGGUGGUGCUGGACAACGACCACUACGGGCUGAAGGAUAUCAAGGAGCGGAUCCUCGAGUUUAUUGCGGUCGGGGCGCUCAAGGGCACGGUGCAGGGCAAGAUCCUGUGCUUUGUGGGCCCGCCGGGCGUGGGCAAGACCUCGAUCGGCAAGUCGAUUGCCAACUCGCUCAACCGCAAGUUCUUCCGGUUCUCUGUCGGCGGCAUGACCGAUGUGGCAGAGAUCAAGGGCCACCGCAAGACGUACGUCGGAGCCAUGGCCGGCAAGCUUAUCCAGGCGCUCAAGACGACGGCAACGUCGAACCCGGUCAUCAUGAUCGACGAGAUCGACAAGAUGGGCCGCGGGUGGCAGGGCGACCCGAGCUCAGCACUGCUCGAGGCGCUCGAUCCGGAGCAGAACGACGCGUUCCUUGACCACUACGUCGACAUCCCGUAUGACAUGUCCAAGGUUCUCUUUGUCUGCACCGCCAACUCACUUGACUCGAUCCCAGGCCCGCUCCUCGACCGCAUGGAGGUCCUGCGACUCUCGGGCUACGUCCUUCAGGAGAAGGUCGCCAUUGUGCAAAAGUACCUCAUCAAGCAGGCGUACAAGACCUCGGGCCUUCCGCAUGGCACCGUCGACUUUACUGAUGACGCCAUCAAGGCGCUCAUUGCCGACUACUGCCGCGAGGCCGGCGUCCGCAACCUGCAGAAGCACGUGGAGAAGAUCUUCCGCAAGAUCGCGUUCAAGAUCCUCUCCGACAAGCCCGAGUUGGCCGGGCUGAUCGAGGCCAAGGCCAAGGCCGAGGCUGAGGCCGCCGAUGCCGCCGCCGCCGAGGCAUCCGCCAAAGCACCCGUCGAGCCCGAGCCGGCCGCCGCUGAGGCCGAGGACGAGGCCGACGAGCGGUUCACGUGGAAGGAGCUGGUUGACGAGCCGAUUGUGGUCUCGCCCGAGACCCUCGAAGAGUACGUGGGCAAGCCGGUGUACCAGCCGGACAACUUCUACGGCGACGCGGCGCCGCCUGGUGUUGUCAUGGGCCUCGCGUGGACAUCGCUCGGCGGGGCGACACUCUACAUUGAGACUUCGGCGUUCUCGACCAAGAAGGCCGACUUUAAGAUCACCGGCUCAAUGGGCGACGUGAUGAAGGAGUCGACCAAGAUUGCGCAGUCGUACGCGACUCAGGUGCUCGCCAAGCUCGACCCGGACAACAUGUUUAUGGAGGAGUAUGGAGUCCACAUGCACAUUCCCGAGGGGGCGACGCCAAAGGAUGGCCCGUCGGCGGGUAUCACCAUGGUCACCUCGCUUCUCUCUGCGGCGUUCAACAAGCCGGUGGCGGCAGACCUUGCCAUGACGGGUGAGAUCUCGCUCACCGGCAAGGUUCUCCCCAUCGGUGGCGUCAAGGAGAAGGCGCUCGCCGCGCGGCGGUCGGGCGUCUCCAACAUCAUCUUCCCGAAGGCCAACGAGAAGGACUGGGACGAGCUCGACGACUACGUCAAGGAGGGCCUCACUGCGCACUUUGCCACCGACUACGAGCAGGUGUACGCGUUGGCGUUCCCGGAUGGUGUGGCGACGUGGCCUGGCGCCAGCAGCGCGUAA